AUGGCGUAUGCGGUGUAUCCACGUGCUCGGACACAAGCAUUAGAAGAGUUGAUACAAAUUCUCUUGGAAAAUGGCGGAGAGUUAGAACUCGGGGAUACAGUGCAGCAACUUUCUUCACAAAACCGUAGUUUAGUUUUACAUUAUGGAGCGUUUGAAUUCGUAGAUAGCCAUCCGGAGCUCUUUAAAUGUGAGGAAGUCAGGACGCUGCGGAAACAUAAAUCGAAAGUAGUUAUAAUAUUGAAUGUCCCUUUAGAGUUUUGCUUUGAAGCUGUAGAGAAAGGUGGAUGUGUUACUAGGAAAUGUACUCGCCUUCAUUUAUGUCCUUUUUUUAUCAAGGGAAACUGCAAGUUCGGUGCAACUUGUAAUAGAUCUCACAGUUAUGGUGACGAACAUACGGUUCGGGUUCUUAAUCACUUCCGCCUCGGUUUCUUAUGUUCUUCCUCGCUUUUGCAAGAGGUUUUGGAAAGGAUCGUAGAGGAAAGCGAAUUACAUCGAACUGCUGCCAAACGAUCUGUACCGGAUAUCUGCAAAUUCUACAACAAAGGUACAUGCAUGAAAGAGGAUAACUGCCCCUGGUUGCACGUGUGUGAAUAUUUCGCUGCUGGAAAAUGUAAAUUUGGCAAGGGCUGCAAAAGGGAUCAUGGUUUCUCUGAGCCACAUAACAUUAGAAUACUAAUGGAAUAUGACAUGGAAAGGAUUGGUGAAUGGAAAGUGCUUCAGUUGUUGAACGGUCAAGAAAGAAAGAAUGAAAUGGGUAGAAGUUUUGAUUCUCAGACGCCCCAUGUAGGUUCUCUUUCAUCAGCAAAUUUUAGUGCUUCUUACAUGAACCUUAAGGAUGACAACGAAAGGGAUACUGAGAUUUGCGGAUUUAAUCUGCGUAGCAAAUGUAACUAUGGCAACAGCUGUAUCCAUCGCCACACAGAGCUACCUUACUUGUGGGAAUUUGCAGUAAAUGGUCGCAACUGGGAGAGUUUUCCAAGUGAUGUGAAUACAGCACUGGAACAGUCGUACUGUAAUGUUCAAAAUGACAUUUUUUCCAUGCGGAUCAGAGGUAUUCUUUAUCGUGUUCAGUUUACUGACAUGACUGCUGUACCAGUACCGCUCGCUGGUAAGUACCUCAAAGUUGACUUUCAUUGUGACAUGGCGUUUACCAUAGGUUCUAGUUGGUUUCAAUUAGUGUUUUUGGUAGAUCGAAGGCCGCUGAAGAUGUUGGAGCGUAAAAGUGUUCAUGGUGACUUUUAAAAUACCCUAAACUGCCGCUUAUAACCCCCCCCCAGUUGUAGACUCAUCUACCUGUAAACAAAAACACAUCUGGUUAUAAGCCCGGCUCCCCCAGAUACAAGCCCCUCCAACUUGUUCCAAGCGAAACAAGGUUUAUAAAUUUGUCGCGUGCAGCAGGCGCCUCGCGCGUUGAUCGCACAGCGAGGCAGAAUCUCGAGUUGCGAAUAUAUCUAUAGAUCUCUUGGGUGUCCGCAGUUGACGUCAUUCAGAUGUGACGUCAGGGGGCAUUUUAGCGUUACCAGGCAAGGCUACUUCAAGUGCGAUGCAAAUACUGUGGUGCACUAUCAUGUUUUAUUCAAAAGUACGUCUCACUUCGGCUUUGUACCGUCAAAACCUUGCUUUUCUCUAAAAUCUGUACCUUCGAAUUCAUGUUACAGCGAGGCAAACCAACAAUGAAUUGGUUCUUUCCUUGCCGACCGAUGCUACAGAUUGACCAAAACAAAGACUGGUUUCAGCUCCAUACAUCCAUCCGCCGUUGAACCCGAGAGUGAAUAAAGGCCGAUAUAAUGCAAAAUGACUUUGAAAUACGCCUUUAAGCUAAUCUUCCUCAAAUGUAUCUUUAAAUUCAUGAUAAAUACAGCAACACUGGUUUCAGCUCCGUACAUCCAUCUGCCGCUGAACCCGAAAAAAUUAAUGAUAAAUACAGCUCCACCAACUUCAAACAGCGUUCAAUUUUAGCGUAUCAAUCAUUCAGUGGCUGCGCGGAUCUAACUUUGAUUAUAAGAAGUUCGGAGGGAGAGAUACUUUUAAACUUUGCGCUUCAUUUUUUCUUUUUAGUUUUUUGAUAUUUUUUCCCCUUUGGGUUGUUUUGCUUUAUUUUCACUGCUGAUCCUUUAAAGCUUUAAAGCUUUUGUAUUACGUUCUGAAGCUUAAAAAAGCGAGUAAAUUCAAAAAGCAUUUUGAUCAGCACUGCUAUGCAGCUUGUUUUGAAACUUUUUUUUCCGGUUAUAAACCGGUCCGGAUAUAAGCCCCCCUGGCCUGUGAUGAAGGAAACUGACGCUUACUUUUGCAACUUCAAGACAUGUGAUUAGGUACCAGCGUUACCUGAGCUAGUACACAAUUUUCCGACUUUCUGUUCCAAACGGAAAGAAAGGAGUCGCCUUUCCACAUCAGAGGCACUUAGCAUUCACAUAAGAAAACCGGAAAUACCAAAGUGGUUGAAGAAGAACUUGAUUGGGAACUCACAAUGGCCUGCUCAAUGAAGAUAGCGUCGCGUGCGGAUCUUCGCAAAGGUCAAACCUGAAUUUUUCAGGUUCUUUUUCAACCGCUUGCUAUAGGUUGUUCAUUCUACUGAGAGGAUCGUGUUCAGUUUCAUGAAUUUGAUGAUGUGAAAAAUACAAAAGUUCAAUAAACUAGCUACUUUGUGUAACAAUUUAGGUUUACGACCUUGGUCAGCUGUGAACUCCAAGCCUUUUAAGAUUCGUCGUCUGUCCACUGUGUCAUCGGUGGUUGCAGCAGCAGGCCACGUGUUCAGCACUAGGUGGCAUUGGUACUGGCAGGAUGAAAAUAACAAGUGGCAGUCGUACGACACUCCAAAUGGUGCACAUGCUGUUAACACCACAAGCAGCCAAUGUCUUGAGAGAGAAUACAUGGCAGGUAUGAGUUAACGAUCCCUUAUCAUUCCGUAAAUAAUAAUUUAUUCCCCUUAUAUCCUGAGAGAGCUGUCUCGAAUUAUUUCUUUCAUCACGAAGAUAACAGAUGAAGUCCCUCCUCAGGGAUCUCGCAGCAUUUAAAUGGAGGAAAAAGGGACCACUACUUUCAACCAAUUCUAACAAUCCCUUGGCAACGAUUUUCGCAAUACAGUGUCCCAGGAAUUUAGAGGAGACUAAAAGUGUUUGGAGCACAAACAAAUAAAGUGAUUACCUACAAAUGAUAUGUUCGUAAUCGAAGUUAGCCGGUUAUAAGAACCAUUCCCACUAGCAAUGAGGUUUCGCCGGUUAAUGCGUUGACCGCAAGUAGAUCGAGUUAUUCUCUUGUUAGAGUGUUCGUGAAAAAAAUGGUUUGAGUGAAUACAGUAUAAAAUAAAAUCCCUCAUGGGUGGGGCUUGGUGGUAUAAAUGAAAAUUGCUGUCGACACCUCAGUGCUUGUUAUUGUGAAGCAAAAUAGUAAAAACGUUGAUAUGUUUGUUUCUCUUUGUGACUUAAUUGUGUGGGAUAUGCUUCAUACUUCAAAAUUUCCAAGACUACUGACAAGAAGUCACGGCCGGUCUUUAAUUUCCUGUGAUCUGAAGUCUUUUUUUUGCCCAAGAUGGCAACAUCGAUGAAAAUAUGUUGACUGUCCUUGAUUGUUUUCCCCAGGUAACGAUUGCCAUUCCUUCACUGUGCUGCACCAGCGCUACACUCUAUACUUCAAAGGAUGGUACCAACAAAAUGAUGUUUAUAAAACCAAAAGGCCCGUUAGAAGGAGGCCUGCUGACUUUGUGACCAAAGGGAAUAUGCACGAUGUUGCUCAAAGGUAUUUAGCUUAUUUAAAUAUAUAGUUGAAAUCUUGAAGUAUAUUCAUAAGUGGGUGGAAUAUGAUAGUUUAGGUGAGCUGCGUAGUCCUGAAUAAUUGUUGAUAGUGACUAACGUUUCGACAACCUGUCAUGUCUGAUGGUAGUUUUGGCUCAUCCUCUGAGAUUUCUUGGAUAUAUCAUUUGCAGUCUGGAACUGGGCAGUCUUUGUCGCUUCCACGAACCUCUUUCAUUGGAAAUACAGGUUGUAAUAAUCCGAGUCAAUUAGAACAUUGAUUAAAGCUUACCCCUUUUUCCAAGUCUAGGAAAAGGAAAGUUCCUCAAAUGUUUCCAUUUGUCUUUGAUUUCACCAUUUGAAUUGUUUGUUUCAUCAUCCUUGAAAAGUCUAAUUAGGAGUGAGCCUAGCCUGAGUAUCCUCUCCCCUAGCCCCUUAGGAAGGCCUGAUACUCAGGCUAGGGUGAGCCUAUAUAAGUAUUUAUUUCUUAUUUAGGUCAUUUUAUUUUCGAUUAAUUUAUUUCGAAAGUACUGAGUAGGUAAUUAGAUAAGUGAACUUCUUUUUACUAUUUUAUUUAUUUUAAGUUGCGAUCUGCAAGGCUUUUUUUUUAUUUUUUAUUUUCUGCAAGGCUUUGUAAAGUGUAGUUUUUCUGCUGUUAGGAGAUAUGUUUAUUCAUGUACUUGUUUUGCCCCGCCACGACUAUCUUUCCAGCUAUUUGCGGGGCAAGCUAUUUAACUGCUAGUGCUUAAAUUGUUUGUUGUUGUUGUUGUAAUGGAAGUAUAAGCGACGCGGCCCUAUUUACUUUGUUCACCUCUAAGCAUAGUUCAGUGCGUAUUGUUCUCCAAUCGACCAUUUAAGACUCAAUCUCGAAUAUCGCAGUUGAAGACGGUAACUUUAAUCUCAAAAGACGUCAAUGACAGCAUAUUGCCAGGUUAACUUUUGACUCAUGUUAAUAGUUGUUUUACAUGAAUUCUCCCAGGCGCAGGACAGCUGCCCAAGUCCAGUCACGAAGAAACUCGGCAUCGACAGAGCUUGAUGGUCCACCAUCACACUGGUGCCCUGUCCCUGAUGGCAAGGACUACGUAUGUGUACCACUGAACCCGAUGCAUUUUGAAUACAAGAAAGCGGAAAAGUUUUUUCGAGAAACUAUGCGGGAUGUUCUUCCCAACAUAUUGAAAAUAGAACGAGUGCAGAACCCAGAUUUAUGGACCUUUUACAACCAGUAAGAACGUAACUAGCUUUAUCAGUAGUUUGAAGUAAAAAUAGGAAAUCGUUACUGUAAGAAAGGUCUGAAAGAGGAUCAUAAUAAACAUAUAUGUUUGCGAAAUUGAGCUUCAAAUUUCUUAGCAGCCGUAACAAAAACUGGAAGGCGUGGUAUCUCGACUCCUCGAAGUUGGAAUUAAAAACUCGACGCACUCAACCUCUUUUGCAGUAUGAAAAACGUCUUGUCUAUUGCAUCCACACCGAGAGAAACCAAAAUUUAGAUUUCCAAGAAAAAAUAAACAAUGAGUAUUUCUUAGUAAGUAGUUAUCGUGAGCAUGUUUGCAGAGGAGGGCCCACAAUAAACAACAGCAAAGUUUAAAUGCCGAACUUCAGUCAAAUUUGGGACCGCCUCGAUUGGGACGCCAAUCGGACGCCAAACAUAAUUCGGUUAAUAAAGGUUAUAAAGAUCUGGGGUCUGAACCAGUCCAAACGGUUCUCAUUUGGAGUUGCUAGCCAAAAGCUAUAACUUUCUAAGUAAAUCAUUGGUAUGCAGGAGCAUGGGGUAUUACCUUUGCCCUAAAAAUAGCCCGACAUUCGCGGGGCACGGAUGACCACCUAAAAUCCAGCGGGGACGUAAAACUAGUGUCUUUAAUUAGUAAUUUGCCUAAAUACAUCGAUAAUUGAAUAAUCGGCAGUUUUUUUGUCCUUUCAGGAAAAAGAAUCGCAUGGCUAAAAAGGCUGGUACGGCUCCCGAAGAGCGCUACUUGUUCCACGGAACAAAGCCCGACACUAUUGAUGCCAUCUGCCAGCAGGGCUUUGACUGGCGAAUGUGCGGCAAGCACGGCACAAAGUAUGGGAAGGGAAGCUAUUUUGCUUGCAGUGCUUAUUACUCACAUCACUACACUGCCAAUCAGGAUACACCUCGUUCUUACAAGCAUAUGUUCCUGGCUAGAGUAUUGUUAGGUUCCUACACUAAUGGUGACAGUUCGCUGACUCGUCCACCACCCAAAGACCCCACAAACCCAAACAUUCUGUUUGACUCGUGCUGUGAUAAUAAGAGCAACCCCGCGUUAUUUGUUGUGUUCGAAAAUGGCCAGUCGUAUCCAGAAUUUUUGAUCACUUAUAUCUGAUUUUCAAAGGUUGACAGCCUGAUCUCAGUGGUUAGGUUUAGUGGCGGGGUUCAUUAAAGGGGCUGUGUCGCGGCAGUCUAGUUCAUUUUGUUUAAUUUUGCCAAUUACUCGCCCUAAAUCGUUAUGGAACUUAAAGUAAGCAAAGAAAUUCCAUGUAAAUGACAAAAUCAGCGAUCCGACACAAACAAGUAUGUCUCCUGUGCAUUAUUUUUAAAGUUGCAAGCAGUAGGGAUCAACUUUGAACAACUGUUAGGCUGAACAGUUUUCAAAAGUCCUAAUUUCAAUCCGUUUCAAUCCUCUUCAGUUGUGCCCAUCCGUGACAUCUGUUGUAUCUGUUAUGGUAUUUUAACCUUCCUUUAAAGUUUUUUAUUUUUAUGUUUCUUUUAAUUUAACGGGCAUUUUGCAAUUUCCUAAUUUGGCUGAAUUUCGUGACACAUCUCGUUAAAUGUAUACGAUUUUGUAUUAUGACGUCGGAUACUAGCAUUGUACCCAGGGGCGUACCAAGUGAAGAGGUUUCAAGGGUGUCCAGAGUUCCCCUUUUCUUUCCUUUCUCCAAUGUCAUAUAACAUGCUACUGUGGCCGCUCCAUAGUUUUAAAUACACAUACCCAGCGGUAGAUAGUAUAGCCUUGGAUGCCAAUUGCAUCAUCAGAAACGUGCGCCGAUAGAUGUGUUUCAGUGACGGAAAACCAACUAGCAUUCUUUUAUGCAUUCUGCAAUCUUAUGGGCUGACGUAUUCACUAUCUACGGGGCUGUGAUAGAAAGGAAUAGCGAGCCGGUGUUUUGAGCAAAAUCAAAGCAAAGAACAACUUCUUCUAAUUGUUUUUGAGAUGCUUUUGAAGAAGAAGCAGGUAGACACCACCAUUAAAAACUUGGGCCAAAAAACACGCGGAUUGAAUAUUUUUCAUCCAGAUAAGAAGUAGAACUGAAGUUGUUUCUUUGUGACAAAAGGUGAAGUUUUCGUAAACUCAAGUUGGGUAAAUUAAACAUUGUUUUUUCAUCAAAAAUUGUUGGAAUGAUUGGUAGAAUUGUUGUUGGUUUCGUGGGGGUUUUUGGUCAGCAGCAAUAAUGUGGAUGAGAUAUCUAUCCGCUGUUUCAGACAAAGAGGAGAUCAGCACUCUUGAGGCAUAAAUUUCUAAAAACUACUUCCUAGGAAUAUCUUAACUUAUGCAAUUUUUAUUUCAAAAUAUGAUCAGUGGC